GCAGCAUUGACGUGAAAUCCACAUUGGCCGGCAUCACACAUCUCAUCGACCGUGAGGUAACGAAUACCAUCCGAAUCGCAAGCGGGUCUGCUUGACUGCGACAAAUUCUCCUCGCCCGCCCGCGAGGGCAACGACACCCUCGACAUGUCUCUCGUUCAACUCUCCCAUACCUGCUCGCAUCUGCAGAACGCCUCACUCGCACGGCUGGGCCUUACCUCAAUACCGUAUACGAAGCUGCAUCUUUCAUUAGCGCUACUUCUGCAAAAGCAAGGCUUCAUAUCGCAAGUCAAACUUGGCGGGCCAUCGCCUCCUGCCUCCGUGUUUGGCCAAGGACCACGAGACAAUCACCAUAUUACAAACUAUCCCCACGGCGCUGCAGGGCGGAAUCGACAUAGUCCGGAGGCUGCCUUGGCAUUGGUCGUGCGACACAGAUACAACUCGCAGCAACUGCAAUCGCUAGGCUUUCCGCAAGAAGCCAUCGACUUUGCCCAACAGCAUGGAAUGAAAAGUUUGGAGGAGCUCGAGCAGGAGGGAUGGGCGCGGCGGAUACCACAAUUCAUCAGGGACCUGCAUGCACAAAUCGACGCAUUAAGAGAGGAGAGAGAAGAGCAAUACACACGGCAACGGGAUCAAGCUGACACAAUCGAGAAUUCCAACGACGCCAAUCAAGCAAUCAGCCGCUUAGAUCAGACAUUGGGUGCGAAUCCUGACCAAAGGAGAGAAUUUGCAGUAAGAGAUGUGCUUGCUGGGCGACCUGCGGAGCAGCAAGCCAUCUUCCAGAGGUUCAGGAAGGUGCCAUUGCACGAAUUGGAGAGCAUGCGCUUUGACUUGGAAACACUUGCGUCAGUCGCGGGCAAGCAGGCUUUCGUUUCCGAGCGUCAAAUCCAGCUGAACGGCAUCACGAUCGAGGCGAUGGGCAUUCCGAUCUCGAAGCAGUCGGUUACGCUGCCAGUGGAAGAAUACCAAGAUCCUUCGCACAUGGAGACUGAAGGAGUUGUCACGCAGGAGAAUCGUGCAUCAAGAAGGCUAUGGCUUGGUCUCAAAUACUACGAAAGCAAGCCUGUGAUCACAAAAGCGCAGAUGGUAUCGAAACCAACGAAACGGAUGUGGUUGAACAGUAGGGAUCUGGGGAGGAUUGUGCGAGGGCAGCAGGCCGGAGAAGUGAAGCCACUCACCAGGGUGGGAGAGAUCAUGGCAGUAAGUACGGACAGAGGACUCAUGGAGGCAAGAGAAUGCGUGGAAAGACAAAUAGGCGGACAGCCGCUGUGUCGGGUCUGGUAAGGAGUGUCUCAAAGCUGAAGGAGACGCUCAGCGUCUUGCCAUGCUCCACUACAUAGAUGUAAAAUACUGUACAUUCAGCAGAGCGCAGCAUGAACGCGCUCAACGCGUCCAUGUGAUUGCACAUGUCUUUUCAGAGCUCCUUCCCUG